CCGAACUGUCAUGUCGGCUCACUUGAUGUCUCUGCACAGAUGUUGCCAGCGGUCGGCCCUCCUCCUUGUUGCCAGGCGACCAUGGAGCUCGAGCUCGGCAUCUUCUCCUCCUCCACUCCACACGAGGCUGCUCCUCUUCCUCACCCAGAGGUUUUAUGAUAUGGAGAUGCUCCUGAGCUUGAGCUCUCAGCUGAAGAGGAGGGUGAUCCAGAGGAAGAACGCGUACUACAGCUACGCUCAGAAGUUUCAUGGGUCGGACAUAGCAGCAGCGUAUUAUGUCUUAAAUCUAAAGGGAGGAUUUCGGUUUGUUGGGCAGUCAGCCUGGUUUCGUGCUAACCCCAGGGGCAAGUUCAAUUGGGAUUUCUUGAACCACAAAGACACACUGCUAGAGGAAGUAGACAUGAGCUACUCUAUCAUCAACUACACAGGACUGGUGAACCUGGAGGAACAGCCAUCUUUGAGGACUCUGUCUUUUCGAGGGUGUCCUGAAGUGGACGACUGGUUUCUGGCCAAGCUCCACAAUUUCCAGGACUCCCUGGAGGAGCUGGACAUCUCUCACUGUCCACGCAUCACGACGGGCGGCCUGGCUGCACUGAGGAAUCUCAAGGGACUGCGGCGUCUGGACAUUUCAUCCCUACCUGGGAUUUCGAGUCCUGGGUUGAUCAUCAUCCUACUGGAGGAAAUGUUACCACAGUGCCAAAUCACAGCAUCUGGCUACAACCUCAGUCUGAGUCAGGAGGAGAAGAUGGAGCAAAUCCAAGAGCAGAGUUAGAGCACUGACAGGGACCUGACGCGAUUGGAUUCAGAAAGUUUUUUGUUUUUUUUUGGAUUCUCAGAGACUGCUAUGCUUUUACAGGAAAGGACAAAGUUAGGUGCAGAGGCAACACCUGACAUAAGAAGAGGAGACGUAAUAGGUCUGAUCACAGCUUAAUGUCAGUGUUGGACAGGUCAGAUUUAGUUUGAUCUCAUAGAAAGAGUUGAAUUCUACAAGUCCUGACAUUAUACUGCAGAGGUAACCAGGUACAGACUCAAAUUUGAUUGGACAUUUACAACACACAAUUGGAUAUAAAAAAUGUUGAACAGUAAAGCGUGGAAAAAGAAUGGACUACCUCUGAAAAAUGUCUGCACAAUGGGCUUUCUGGUUGCCUUCCACAAAUGAAGAAGGCGGCAGAAGAUCCUCUGGUCAGAGAUGUGCAUAACAACACAGAAAUCUCUGUAGCGUUCAGACGAGGGGAAGUUCAUUAUGCAGGAGGCAUGAUGUAUCAUAUAAAUUCCACUGCGCACAUCACAUGUUUUUAGCACAUCGACACCAGCGUCAACGCCAUCAACGCGCCCACUCGCUCGCACUGAUUCCUCUGGAUAAUUUCCUGCUGUAUUCUCAGAUGGGCUCAAUUGGACAUUAUCCAGAGUUUUUACGGGGGGGCUGGCAGGAGAAACUCUGGAGACUGUCGACUGACUUAGACAUUUGCGUUCUCACAUAUUGUCACUCUGCUUAAUUUAAGGAAAUUAUCUGGAGUUCAGUGCAUGUCUGAGCAGCACAGUUUCCUUGGCCAGUCCAUUUCAAAUUAAGAGUUUGCACUAUUGUGAAUAUAAUUUCUCUGUCUUCAGCCAAUCAAACUUUGUCUGCAUAUGUUGUGGUGUAAAUAUGAUUGUAAAUGUACAAAAUAAAUGAUUAUGUAUGAUUA